AAUGAGCUCCAUCAAUUUGUGAUCUUUUGUUGUCUAUAAAUAGGCUCCUCUUGCUUUGGUUAUUUCAACUUGAGUUAUAAGUUGUUGUUUGUGUUUUGUUUGUUCUUCUUUUAUUUGCAUCUUACUGUAAUAACAGUUCCAAUGUCUCAUACUGCUGGCAUUAACAGUCCAUUGAAAUCUCUUUGUGGUGGAAGGGAUACAUGGAGGAUUAAAGUAAGGGUUAUUCGUGUAUGGGAGAUGUCUCCAGUUUCUCAACCAUCAAAACCAUAUGCUAUGAGUUUGGUCUUGGUUGAUUCUGAUGGUAUGAGGAUUGAAGCGGUCAUACGUAAAGGCAUGAUCCAGAAAUUCAAGAGGCUGAUUGUUGAGGGCCAAGUUUACAAAAUAGUAUACUUCAAUGUUGUUGAAAAUGAUGGAGCUUAUCGUGCAUCCCCACAUGAGUUCAAGAUUGUGUUUAAUGGUAGGACAAAGGUGGAACGUGACCAAUCUGAUAUCAUACCAUUGAACUCUUUCUACUUCAAGAACUCUGAAGAAAUCUCUGCUACCCUUGGUGAAUCAGAUGUUUUGGUUGAUAUGAUUGGGUUGGUUACUGCUAUAUCUAUUGAAAAGCAAUAUGUGAAGGGUGGUAAUGUUAAUAAGAUUAUUGUGUUGGAGCUCACUGAUGAUAGGGGGAAAGUCCAUUGUUCAUUCUUUGGGCGAUAUGUGGAUAUUGUUAGGCAGUUUGCAGCUGUUGGAGGUCAUGGUAUGCCUGUAGCAAUUAUUCAGUUUGCUAAGGUGAAGACGUUUAAGGGAGAUGUUGUUCUACAAAAUGUUAUGAAUGCUACCAAACUUAUGUGGAAUCCUGAUGUGCCUGAGGCUAAUUCAUUUCGUGAUGGGUUGGCAUUGCAUGAUAUUGAUGUUGACCUUCCUAUUGGACAAAUUGAUGAUGGGUUUCGUCGGCUUCCAACUGAUCAAGACUCUGUUUCUCUCUUCCCUAGGAAGAGUAUUGGUGAACUGCACAGUACUGGAGAGGAAGGUAGGUUCACAGUGAUGGCAGAGAUUGUUGGCUUAACUGAUGGAGAGAAGUGGUGGUAUACUUCUUGCCAUUGCCAUAGGUCUGUUACAGCUGAGGAUGGACUAUAUUUUUGCUCUGCUUGCUGUGUCCAUGUAUUUGAAGUUACCCCAAGAUUCAGGGUGAAAUUUGAGGUUUCUGAUGGUGAAGACCUUGCUACAUUUGUGUUGUUUGAUGCUGAUUGUCAAAUCUGAUUAACAAGACUUGCAAAGAAUUAGUUGUUAGCUCCAAGGCCAGUAAAGCUAU